AUGGCAAAAUCUAAAACAGAGCUGGAAGACAAAACUCAGCACGUUAUGAAAUUGAUAAUGUGGAAAUUGCCCGAAAUGGAGAUGCAAGUGACGAUAAAAACCGAAUUGAGUCAACAAGCAAUCAAGUACCUAGGAAUGUAUUUAGACAAAGACGUACGAAUGACAUCGCAUACUAAAAGAAUCUGUGAAAAGGCAAAUACGGCCAUUAAUAAGUUAAGUAGACUCAAGCGAAAUAUCGGAGGUCUAAGAGCAACAAAGCGAAGGGUACAAACAACAGCUGUACUUUCUUUAAUGUUGUACGCGGCACCAGGUUGGAAAUCGGGAUUGAAGUUUAAAUCCUAUAGGGAUUUAUUAGAACGACUUAACCGUAGAAUGGCAAUAUGCAUCAUAUCGGCCUACAGAACCGCUUCAAGAGAAGCAGUCAGAGCUCUUGCAGGAAUGGCUCCAAUAAAACUGCUGGUGAAAGAACGGGACCUCAUAAUCAAAGGGGAAAAGGUUAUGACUUACGCACAGUGGCAAACAAGAUGGAAUGAAUACCAAGGGUGGACUAAGACUUUUAUCAAAGACAUUAUAAAAUUGUGCGAAAGAAAUCAUUGUGAAAAAACUCAAAACUGGGUGAUAUGA